GGUUGUUGAACUAUGUCUUCAGCAGAACCAAUUGAGCAUUCUUUGGAUGAUGGAGAUGGUCCCCACUACCCUCAGGUGAUACCAUGCACUCCUGAAUUCUACCACACUCAUGAACAUCUGGCAUACAAGUUGAAAUCACACCCGCGGGGCCUAGCACUUAUACUUAGCAACAUACAUUUCAACAAAGAGACUGAUCUGGAGUUCCGUUCUGGUGGGAAUGUCGACAAUACCGCCCUGCACAUGCUCUUCAAACACCUUGGCUACCGUGUGAUUAUGCAACAUGAUCAGACUGCACAGGUGAGCCUGGAGAAAAUGUGACAAAUAUCUGCAUCAAAUUGCCCUAAAAUUACUGUGGGGGAGAAAAUUGGAGGAGGUGUUGCUUUCCAGAGUCCCAUGAAGGGGCAGUGUGGCUCCCACAGUACUUGGCAGUUUCCUACGCCAGCAAUAGUGACUGAUUUCUCAUUGACAUUACACUGAAAUUCUGCGUGUGUGUAAUAUUGAAGUUCCAGUACUGAACCAGAUUUAUGAAAGCAGCAUAAUAUUACUGCAGUGAGUUCAUGUAUUUCUGUAAUCCUGGCUGCUUUUUGAUAAACUAAAAAACAAAAUA